AUGAGCUCUAUGACUGCGAAUUCAUACCCAGCUGGGACCGCGCCGAUAAAAUCAGAGUUUCUCGUGUCCGGUCCAGGAUACAUUGAUACUCCAGAUGACGACGCGGCGGAAGGAGGUAGCGGAAGUAGCAGGCAACUAUAUAGGGAAUCUCGGAACGACAGAGAUGGACAAGCAGGCGGGAAACGAGGGAAGAUAACGAAGGAGCAAAAGAAGACUCAAAGAGGCCAGAACAAGGGCCGGAGAUUUGGAAAGACGCGGGACGAGUUGGAUCUAUGUUGGAAAAUCGCGAAUGGAGCGGUUUGUGAGUAUGGGGACCAGUGUCGUUUUAUCCAUGAUAUUCCUGGAUAUAUCUCUGCAAAGGCCGCUGAUAUCCAUAUCCCCUUUACAAACCAAAUUUCGGACAUUGCCCCAUUUACUCCAUCUCAAGAGGAUCUUCAAAAGCUGCAUCCUGUCUACACCUCCAUCGACACGAGCACAUCAUGUCCGGUCUUCGCUGAGGCUGGUGAAUGUAGAUACGGCUUCAAGUGCCGCUUCCUAGGGGGGCAUGUACGAUUUGAACAAGGCGAGGACGGCCAGGCCUCCUUAUCGCUUGUCGGUGGCGAUGACAAGAAAGCAAGGGCGGCCUUGUCGUCAAAUGAGGUCAACUUCGUCGGCGCAGAAGUGCAAAAACAACUCCGGUCCCGAAAAUACCCCGUUCCCAUCUCUGACACCUACCUCCGCGAACUUGCCGCUCAAAGCUCCAAUGAAGUCAAUGGGAAGCCGAAAGCCAUCCCGGACAAAAACUCUGUCAUUAUCACUGAGCCAGAGCAGCAACUGGAGGAUAUCGAAAUGGAUACACCUACAGUUCUAGCAGACGGACAUGCACCACCACCGACAACAUUAACAACAUGCAUAGACACGCCCGCUGGCCUUGCCCCUGUCGAUUCCGAUUUUAUCGAACAGAAGCGUACUGGGGAUUCGUCUACGUCGCAGACUGACACUCCGGAUGUUCCUGUUCGUUUCGCAGAGAAGAAAAAGUUACAUUGGACCGGGAAAACAUAUCUGGCCCCGCUUACCACUGUUGGCAACCUCCCAUUCCGACGAUUGUGUGUCGCCCUUGGCGCAGAGAUCACUUGUGGCGAGAUGGGCCUUGCGUCGUCAUUCCUCUCUGGCUCAAAGGAAGAAUGGUCUCUAGUCAGACGACACCCAUCCGAACGCAUCUUUGGAGUACAGGUCGCAGGAAACAAGCCAGCCAAUUUAGUUCCAACGGCUGAAGUGCUGACGAAGGAAUGUGGAGGAGGGAUCGACUUUGUCGACGUCAACUGUGGAUGUCCCAUUGAUCUCGUUUUCAAGAGCGGAAGCGGUAGUGCACUCUUGGACAGUGUUGGCAAGUUAGGGAAGAUCCUCAUCGGAAUGAACCGUGCUCUCGGGGAGAUCCCAUUGACGGUGAAGCUACGAAAUGGCGUGAAGGAUGGCAAGAACACAGCACACAAGCUGAUGCCACGUCUCGGGUCGGAGUGGGGUGUUGGGGCUGCAACUGUUCACGGCCGGACGCGACAACAGCGAUACACAAGAUUAGCGGAUUGGGACUACAUCAAGCAAUGCGUGGAAGCUGUUCGAGCGAGGGAGAAAGACGAAGAUUUACCACCCAUUCCUAUCUUCGGCGGCGGAGAUUGUUUUUCUUCCGCUGGCUAUUGGGCUUGCGUCGAUUCUUCCGGUGUGGAUGGCGUCAUGAUAGGCCGUGGAGCGCUGAUAAAGCCGUGGAUCUUUACUGAGAUCAAGGAAAGGAGAGAAUGGGACAUCAGCGCCACGGAGCGGAUGGAACUCGUCAGAAAGUACGCUGAAUAUGGUCUCAACCAUUUCGGAUCGGAUACCACCGGCGUUAACACAACGAGAAGAUAUUUGUGCGAAGCCCUCUCGUUCCAGUACCGUUACGUGCCUAUCGGACUGUUGGAAGUCCUUCCUGGCCGGAUCAACGACAGGGCACCAUCGUUCAGAGGACGUAGUGAGCUAGAAACAUUACUCGCAAGCCCCGCUAGUAGCGAUUGGGUCAAGAUAUCGGAGAUGUUCCUGGGACCCGCACCGGAGACAUGGAGUUUUACCCCGAAGCACAAGAGCAAUGCUUAUGGAAGUGAAGAAGGGCAAGGAUGA